UCUAUUUCGGGAGUGGGCUGACUCAGGCGGCCAGCCUCCAGCUUGGAAUGACCCUAAACUGUAGCAGCACUCCGGAAGACUAAAAAAGAUAAAUAAAGAGAAAUAAAAAAUAAUAAAGAAAACCUCCGAAAAAUGGAUACUAGUAAACGGGAGCAAAGUGACCCUGAGUAUUGCUUUGAAGUAUUAGAGGACGUGCCCAGGGAGGCAGUCACUCUCGAUGAUGACGCCGCAGACAUUGAAGAGCUCCGAAACAGUUUAAAGAACAUAGUGCAGGACCAAACAGUGAAACCCAAGCUUCAGUGUCUGAUGGUGGACCCCUCCUUCUCGAUGGUGACGGUGCAGAGCGAGGACAGCGGAAUCGUGUGGGAGACUGUGUCCAGCCGCUGUUCGACUCCGUGGGCCUCGGAGGGCAGCACCACCUCAGAGACAUACAGUCUGGAGGGCUCAGCUGCCCCAGGCAAGAUCGUGAUUAUCAUGGAUGAGGAUAAAAUUGUGAGGAAGAGAAAGAAAAGAAGCGGAGGGAAGCUGGGAGAGAGACUGAAAAGACCAUCAUCAAGAAAUUUCCCAGGGGGGAAUGAAAGACCAUUCAUGACUGAGGUCUCUGUCCCUAACAUAAGAGCUGAAGGUGUGGGUGAAAAUGGAGAACCCAAAGAAGAUAAAGAACAGCAGUUAUUUAAUUUAGUUUCUGAGGGUUUUGAGAUACUAAACAUUAUAGUUCCCUCAAAACUUGCUACAGUGGAUGAAGAAGAAAGCUCUGAGUUGUCAGAUAACUUGUCCUAUUUGGAGAACACAGCGAUGAUAAAAUCAAAACCGAUACGUGAUGAAACAGAGUUAACAGAAACCACUCAAGCGAUUGCUGAAGUACAAGAAGAGGAGGAGAAGAUAAAGCAGGCUGAAACAGAAAGUGUUCCAACCGCUGAACCUGAGGCAUCUCAGAAUUUGGUCGAUAAAGAAGCCAAGAAAGAAGGGACAAGUGAUAUGGAUUAUUUUGAGAAGUUUACAUUGUUGGAUGUGCAGUUGUCAGAUGAGCUUUCUACUGGGACCGAGGAACACGUGUUAGUAAAAAAUACUCAAGGAACUGACCGACUGGAAGAUCAUGAAAAAAUUACAAGUGAUGGAUCGACAUCUGAAGAUGCAUUCAUUAUUAUUGGUGAUGGUGAAAUAGCGAGCGAGCAUCUUGAUGAGAUUUUCAAUAAAAGUGAAGUCUAUGAUCAGGCAAGUGAUUCAGCUUUCAGUAAAUAUGAGGAAAGAGAUGCAGAGGAGCAGUUGGAGAGUCAGGGAGGACUAUUGAACACAACUAUGAAAGAAAGUGGUUCAGCUUUAUUUGGUAGCCAAGAGACUAUUCUCACACCUAUAUUUCUGUCUGAGGGACCACCAAAAAUUAUUGAUCCUAUACUUCUGGAGGAGCCUGCGGCCAUGUCAUUCCUCUACACUGACCUUUAUGAGGAAGCAGUAGGAAACAGGAGGAAAGAUGAAGAGUCCUCUGAUGUGGAAAGCAUUGUCUCUGAGAAGGCGUUUCAGAGGAGGCUCUCUGACUCUGACGACGCAAGUGGGUAUUUGGAAAAGUUCAUUUUGAAAGAUGAGACGCCUGUCGUGGAAAGUGAAGCUACAGAACAAGAUCAGAAUGACGAUGGAUUACGAAUGUGGUCUCAGAGCGCAUUUGAGCUCAUGGGGUGUCUGACACGGGUGGAAGAAGAAGACUCAAAGAAAGAGGAUAUCAGUACGGAAGCAACACAGAGUAUGCCAAAUGAAAAAAGAGAAGAAAUAGUCACAAUAUCAGUAAGUCAAAGUGAUGACUUUGCGUUCCAGGAUACAGCCCCUGAAAAUGAGACAUCUUCAGAGGCCAGAAUGUAUUCAGAUUUGUCUAAAUCUCAUUUAGAAGCUGAAGGAAAAGCAUUUGGAAAUAAGGUAGAGAGCACAGUUGUUGCAGGUGAGGAAAAAAUUGAUGACAGACCAAAGGAAUUAGCUGGGGAAGUAGCAACCGGUGGACAAAGUAUGAAAGAUGAGGUGGAAGAACCAAUCACUGCUUCAAAGCCUAAAACUCUGGACCAGGGAACAGUCAGUGUCACUGAAGAUAUCACAGGAAAAACCAAAGAAACCACUGCUGAUCAUAAAAAUAACAACACUAUCAUCACAAAGAGUAAAGUUUUGCAAAGUAAAACGGAAAGCAUUAGUCCAGAACCAAAAUGCUCCUCUUCAGAAUGGGUGAAAGGCCAUGAAGAAUCUCAUGAUAAAACUGAAAAAAAAAUUAUAGUCCAGACACCUGAAGUUGAAAAAAAGGAAAUUUUCAGUCUGAAUGAAAAAUGUAAAAGUAAGCUUGAAGUUCAUCCGAAGCCUAAAAGCGUAGGUCAGGAAUUAGUCCCUGAUAGUGAAGUAUCUCAAAAAAUAUCCUCUGCACAUAAACUUUCUGAGACUAAAAAUGGAUCAGCUGUUGGUCUUAAGAAACCUGAAUACAAAAAUAAGGUCAUUGAAACUGAGUUACUGAAAGAUGACUAUGAAAAAAGCACAGAGGGUGUGAAGAGCCAGACUGAGCAAGUGAACCAUGAUUUUUCCGACAGCAUGAACAGACUGCCCACUAAAAAAUCAACAGAAAGGAAACUGCCCUUGGAGGAAGUCUCUGAGAAAAGAACAGGCUCUAUUUAUGAAAUGAAAUCGCAGAUUUCACCAGUCCCUGAGUUAACUGAAGAACCCAAGAUGAUGAAUUUGCAGGAAGAUAACAGUGGGAGAGAGAUUGAAGAUACUGUGGAGAAAGAGACAAUACCUAAGAUCCAAGAUGACACUAUGAAAAUGAACAAGACUCUUAAAGAGUGGGACGGGUCUGCUGUUCAGUUGAUUAGGGAAUUCCAAACGGUCCCAAAUAGAGAGGGACAGUUACUUAGAUUGUCACCAUUGCUAUCUGCAGAAAUAGAAGAAGAAAAUAAAGAAGAACAGGAGGAACCAGAUGUGUCAGUAAGAGGAGAGGGUUUACAUUCUUCACUCAGGAGUUUUCCACCAGAGGUAAACCUCUCACAGUAUGGGAAAGAGGCAGAUCAAGGUGCAGAAAUUGCUGAGGAGUUGGGCUUUGAGAUGAUUACUCAGCAAGAGGCGAGAGAUUCAGACCUCAAUGAGUCUUGGGAGGAGAAGAAACACCAUAAGAGUGGUCUUGGCUUCACAGGACCGCAUCUCCCCACUGAUGACCUGGAGGAUGAGUAUGAGAUGAUUGAAUCUUUGGAUGAAUUAGAACAAGCAGAACGUGAUUCCAAAGCACAACCCAUGGAUGCCUUCUGCUUAAUCUGCCAGUGCCCAGUUUUAGCUGCGGACAAGCCUUUUGGUGAACAUCAAGAUCAUGAGAUAUCAACAUUGGAUGAGGCCUAUGAUCACAUUAGGAGCAAACUUGGUGAGCGGAUUUCUGUGUUACAAGAACGAUCGGAAAAGAUUGAGGAUAUGGUCUCCGAGCUAGAGCUGGCAUACAAUACAGUAGAAGAACAAUUUAAAACAUGUGAGCAGUCCCUGGAUGAACAAAAUAAAGGAAUGAUGAAGUUGGUGAUGGACCAGUACAAUGAAAUGUCCCAGAAUAUAGAGGAGGAAAAGAAGGUCAAGCUGGAGCAGCUUUAUGACCAGAUUGUCGGGUUCCAGGAGAAGAUCGAUUCAGCAAAGGAAGCCCUGAAAAAGAACGCUAAUGAAGUGGAAGUGGCUGGUGAACUUGCCUUUAUCUCUUCAUCUGCAGACAUCAAUGAGAGGCUGACCUCAGCCUUGGAGUCCUGCUUGUCUCUUGAACUUACCCCCAGUGCUUUCCCUAUGUUUGAGGACUAUUCUAAGAACGCUUCCGGGUGUAGGCGCAAGGAGCUUGAAGGCAUCGCAAUCCCUCAGAAGCCCCACCUGCUACCACAAGAAGCAAACUCUGCCACGGGUACCUCUGUCACAGUCUACUGGAAAGUCAAUGAAGGGGACGUCAUCGACUGCUUCCAGGUCUACUGCAUGGAGGAGCCCCAAGGAGCUCUAACAGAAGAGUACCGAGUAACGGUGAAAGAGAGCUACUGCUCCCUGGAGGACCUGGACCCUGAUAAGAGUUACAAAGUUUGGGUCAUGGUUGUCAAUUACACAGGCUGCAGCCUGCCCAGCGAGAAGCUCACCUUCAGAACUGCCCCCUCCGUGCCGGUCAUCGAGACGGAGCGCUGCACGGUGUGCUGGGAAUCGGCCGUCAUCCGCUGGAGCCCCGGCCACCCAGAGACUGCCGAGAGCUUCACGCUGGAAUACUGCCGCCAGUACGCCUGCGAGGGCGAGGGCCUCAGGUCCAUCUCUGGCAUAAGAAGCUGUGAGCAGAAGGUGCUCCUGCAGCCAAAUGAAAGCUACCUGUUCUACAUAAAAGCAGUGAAUACUGCUGGAGUCAGUGACCAGAGUGAAGCCACUCUCAUCUCCACUAGAGGCACCAGGUUCCACCUGCUGAAGGACACUGGCCACCCAGCACUGGAGCUGUCCGAAGACCUGAACACCGUGCACUGGCGUGACGAGGCCUUUGCCCAGGUGGGUGCAGACAGGUAUCCCGGAAUCUUGGGAGAGGUCCUGCCCCCACGAGGGUACCAUUACUGGGAAACGUCAGUGUCGAACUGCAAAGCCUACAAGAUUGGCGUGACCUACGACUCCACACUCCACGACAGCCCACUGGGGGAGAACAGUACUUCCUGGUGCCUUCACUGCAUUCCCACAUCAGACAGCUGCCACUUCGAGCUCCUCCACGACAGCCUGCAGACCAACAUCAUUGCUGCGGUGGCCCCUGCCAGGAUCGGCACGAUGCUGGACUUCACCCGCGGGAGGCUGUCCUUCUUCAACUGCGAGAGCGGGCAGCUCCUGGGCUCCUCCCUGCACCCGUACUCCCGGGCCUGCCACCCGGCACUGGUGCUGGAACAGCCUGGCAGCCUGGCCCUGCACGCGGUUUUGGAGGUGCCUGAGUUCGCCAAGCACUGCUAGCCCUUCCAGGUGUCCUCCCCACUAGCUUGGAUGGACUGUUUGGGUCUCUAUUAGCCAAGAAAAUAAAGAAGGGGAAAAAAAUAGUUUUCCCGGUUCUAAAUUUCUGUUUUCAUUCAUUUGUGUCAUUACUCACAGUCUGUAAUAUGUUAGAGCACUUUUGCUAUAAAUCUUAGUAAAUAACUAGUAUUAAGGAAAAUUUCAUUUUUUAAGUUGAACACAGGGCAGUUUUUGCUACCCAUAGUGCACUACAUUUCUUCAGAAGACAUAAGGCUUUGUGCUAUUAGUUAGAUAUUUAGAAAAGCUUUGUAUAUAUGGGGUUACAGACAGUGAAUCUGGUGAAUUUUUAUUCUACUUCCGAAAAGCAUAUUUGCAUAUUCUGAAAGAAAAUACUGUAUUUUCUCAGUUUUUUUAUGCUAGUUGUGAAAAAAAAAUGGGAAAAAGUGCAUGUAGUGCAGUACGAGGUGAGAGGCAGCAUUUAGGGAUUUUUUUCAGGACAUUUUAAAGGAAGACGUUUUCUUGAAGAAUCACAGCGAGGUGCUGGCCUGGUGCUGCGGGGCUCAGGGGGGAACAUCCAGCAGGUCUGUAUGGCGAUGUGUGAUGGCCACCAGGUGUGACAGUGACUAUAAAGGGCAGCCAUCUGUAUUUGUAUUGAUGCCCUAAAGAGUCUGUCAGCCUCCCUUCUUAUUCAAACAAUCUGUCAUCCAGUUCUAAAUGAUCUGAGCUGUAAUGAGUUGUGUGCUUGAAUUUGCAAACAUCUUUAUUUAUGAAAUUAAUGUAUUGGAAACCAUUUGGAUUGUUAAAUAUAUUUAUUCCCGGACUGUAUGCACUUGUUCCUUUUACAUUUUUAAGCCAGCUGAUUGUUAAUAGGGUAAUUCAUUUUCCCGUUCAGCUUUGAACUGUGUUUUCAUUAUUUAAACACUUUGAACUUGCAUGACUUGGAAGGACAUUUUUUAAGCUACUCUUGUCACACCGAUGCUGAAUUUUUAAUCAGAUAAUAGAGCCUGGUCUGUGUGAUCUUGCUGAUCUAGUGGUACUGGCUCUGAAUCUUAUUUUUAAAAAAAGCAUUGUUAUUGCUAUUGUUUAAACAUUAACAUUGUCAUUGCCUUUUAAGUGUAGGGUGUAGAGCUUUGGUUCAGAGUCUAAUUGUAUGGGACUGUGUUUAGCUUGUGCUUUAGUCUUGGGUUUUCGGUUGCCGGAAUCUUCACUGGCUUUGUCAUUCUGAUUCCUAAUGGUUCCUGAUGCACAGUGUCCUUUUUCUGGUUUCUGCUCCUGGUUAGCUGGCAUCUUGGUUCUUGGUUCUGGUUAGCUGGGGUUCUGCAGCUGGUGUGCUAGGCAGUGGUGCUUUGUUUUCAGGUUUGUGGUGGAUAUUCUGUUUUUGUGUUUCAGCACCAGGGUCCUACUUCCUGUUUCUGGUUUUCCAGCCCUAUCUUCUUUUGUGCACCACUUCCUGGAUCUGCUCAUCCACUCAGCAGCCCCAAGCCCUGCUGGUUACCUGGUUCCUGGGUCUCAGGGGCAUGGGACCAGAAAACCUAGCACUGUGGACAGGGGUACCCCUAGAGGUUUUGCGCCCCAUGACAGCAUAUCAUAUUGGGCCCCUAACCCAGACCAAUCCAGUUAUGUUCCAAAUAUUUUAGGUCCCCUGUCUCUCAGGGCCCCCGGGAAUCAUCCUGACUUUCCCCAGUUUAUGGCAGCCCUAGUGGCCCAUUUUGGGGUGCUCUGUUUCGGGCGCUGAGCCAAAAAAACAUAUCAUUUGCUUAUUUAUUUAGUUAUUUAUCUAUCUUUCUUACCUGGCACUCAGGGUCACUGCUGACAGCCGUCUCUUACAUGACAAUGAGCUGGUACAACUUACCAGCUUCUGAUAAGUGUUUAAUAAACUAUUGCCAAUUUUAUAUUUGAUCAAGCUCUUUUUCCAUGUUCAUUUGUUCCAAUUGUUUCCAAGUAUAAAUACAGGAAAACGUUUGGCUCAGCAAUAGUUUUUUUUUUUUUAUUGAAAAAAAAAAUUCUUUUUUAUUCUCACAUAGCCUGAUAAUCAGCUUAAAAGUUUGGUCUUUGACUUACAGCUGGUUAGCAAAAAUGUCAGUGUGCUCCAUGUCACGUUCAUAAGGUCCCGCUUUGAGGGCUGUAUGUGAUGUAGGAGCAAAUUCCCUAUAUGACUGCAGAUGGCCAACAAUUCAACGGCUUAUCGAUUUCAGUGUUUCAGGUGAAUGCAUUUAAAGCAAAUUUGCUAAUACCAGGAAUAUCUUCAAUUAAUUUUUCAAAAUAAAGUGUUGUUUUAGUAGCUUGUUGGGUUUAAAGAAGUCUAUCUCUUUUACAGUAAGUGAUGUUGCCCUAAAAACUGCAAGCCUGUUUCUCUUGUGCUAAUUUUAGACUUUUUAUCAAGUCAUUUUAGUUGGUGAACGCUAGCACUUCCCACACUAAUGCACAAACUGUGUUAUUUAUUUUUGUGGAUGAUGAUGAACUCUUGUACAAUAGGCUAUGCAUACAUACUCUACGCCUCCCGUGAUAUUAAUUUGAUAUGAUUGUUUCAGGCCUAUCAGUAGAACAAGUAGUUUGAAACUUUGUACUUUUUUGAAAUAACUGUCACAAACAGUUUUUGUUUUUUGCUAAGACAUUUAACAUGAUGUAUAAUUAAUAUAAAUGUACAAUAUUUAAAUGUAUUAACAUCCGAAUGAUUAGGUGGAAUAAAAUCCCGUAAAGUGA